UGUGUCUUUUAUUAUCUUAGGUACAAUGUAUUAGGCUUGUCAACAACCAUUGGGGAUUCAUUUUUCAAAGGUUUGGAUAUACAUUCUUUUGCACUAGCCUUAGUGGAGAAUAUACAGUCGAUGGAGUUCAGGCAUACAAGGCAGCUUGUUCAUUCAGUUUUGAUUCCUUUGGUUAAAUAUUGCCCUUCUGAUAUGUGGGACAUCUGGCUGGAAAAACUUCUGCAUCCAUUAUUUCUCUACUCUCAGCAGGCUCUCAGCUGCUCAUGGUCCAGUCUUCUGCAUGAAGGUAGAGCAAAGGUUCCAGACAUCCAUGGAAUAGUUGCUGGGUCAGACUUAAAAGUGGAAGUAAUGGAAGAAAAGCUACUUCGAGAUCUAACUCGGGAAAUAUGUUUACUCCUCUCCGCUAUAGCUUGGCCACCGCUAAAUACCGGUCUUCCUUCUUUAGAACAGUCUGGGCAUAUUAUCCGUGUGGAUAUGUCUUCUCUUAAAGAUUUGGAUGCAUUUGCAUCAAGCUCUAUGGUUGGUUUUCUUUUGAUGCGCAAAGGUCUAGCCCUUCCUGCCUUGCGGAUAUGUUUAGAAACUUUCACAUGGACAGAUGGUGAAGCCGUGACAAAAGUUUCUUCCUUUUGUGCUGCCGUGGUUGUCCUAUCUGUAACAACGAAUAACGUGGAACUUCGAGAAUUUGUUUCUAGAGAUCUAUUUUCUGCAAUUAUCCAAGCGUUGGCCCUCGAGUCAAAUGCUAUUACCAGUGCGGAUCUGGUUGCUCUCUGUCGUGAAAUAUUUGUUUUUCUCUGUGAUAGAGAUCCAGCUCCCAGGCAGGUUUUGCUCUCACUCCCUUGCAUCAAACCCCAUGAUUUGGUUGCCUUUGAGGCUUUGAAGAAGCUUUGA